AUUGUUCGAAGAAAUCAACGCCAUAAUAAUAAUAAUGUCCAAGCAGCUUUACCGCUCGUGCACCCUGGGCGACACGUUGCAGGAUACUCUCGACGAGCUAAUCCAGAACGAUCUGAUCACGCCAGCCCUGGCCCACAAGGUGCUCAUCCAGUACGAUAAAAGCAUUAUCGAGGCCCUCAAACAGAAGGCGAAGGCAAACUUAUCCAUCAAGGCGAAAAAGCUGAGGACCUACAACCUGUGCGACAAUGUGUGGUCCCUCAAGCUGGAAGAUGUCGAAAUCCGCGAGCUGCACGAAAUCGUCAAGGUCGACAAGGUGAAAAUUGUGGCAACCGAAGCCCCAAAGGAAGACAACAAGAAAUGAUUGUUUAACGACGAAAACGAUAAGCCAAAUCAUUGUUCAAACAACAAAACAUUAAACAAAAUAGCAAAAUA